GGGGUUUAGUAGUAGUCCUCCAUGGCUUAACAACAAGAGAAGCGCGCAAUUAGGGAAACCGUUUGGUCUUCCUUAAUUGCGCCCUCGCCCCCGCGGCAACCGUCCUUCUCCUCCAUCUCCCCUUCCACGCCGCUGCCCUCCCCUCUCCUCUCCCCUCCCGCCGAGAAAUCGGUAAGUAGUGGACUAGUCGCUGCGACUCCGCGAGGGUUCCCCGGCUGCUUGUCCACGGGAUCCCACGACCCGGCGGCGUUGCGGCGAGGAGGAGGAGAGCAGUUUGGGGGUCUCGCCGCGAUCGCUGAGAUCUCAGUUUGCCAAGGGGUUCAAGUUUCAUGAGUCAUCUUGACGUUGUUACUACUGUGGAAGUUGCAAUUCUUCAUGGAUGUCCUCAAGAGUGAUGUGAAGAAGACUGGUAUUCUCAAUGAGACUCUAAGACCACCGCUAGUUCCAUCCGAGAAGCAUAAUGCUUCUCCAGUAAACCGUGGGAGAGAUGUUGCUUCCAGGUACAAGAAUGGUCUGUCUGCUCAUUCUGCUGCCACCACAGCAAGGAGAUGCACAUCACCAAGUCCUGGGCGGACCUCCGCAAAUGAAUGCACACCAGAACCAAAAAGAGCUCAAUCAGCAGACAGAAGAAGGCCCUCAACUCCUUCUUCUAGAGUGUCAACACCCUCCACCCCUGCAUCAAGGUCUGUCACACCAGUUCGUAAUACUGUUACAGAGGGACAUAAGAGUUCUAGGCGAAUAACAAGCACAAGGAAUACUGAUGGCUUGUGGCCAGCAAUGCGAAACCUAUCUUCCUCUUUCCAGUCAGAAUCUGUGGUUACCCCCGGUAAUAAAAAGGAUAAGGUAGUCCCCAGUGGAUCUUUGGAUCAAACGAAGGGGCAAGCUAGUGUUAUAGCCGAGAGGAAGAGGAGUCCUCUGAGAAGGAAGAACAUUGGUGAACAAUGUGAGAAUGCUCAACCCUCAGAGGACCAACCUAGGAGGGUAAUCGAACAACACCGCUGGCCAGCAAUGCAGAGUGGCCGUGUGGCCAGCAAUAUUUUGUCAAGGAGUAUUGACAUGUCUGACAAAGCUGGCAGAUCAGUCCCUUCAACAAAUAUUUCUAGAGGUGUUUCACCAAGGAAGACGCUUGCUUCUGAAGGCACAGGCAAAGGGUUUAAUAAAUCAUUGGAUGAGGUAGCAAGGAGAUUGGCUAUUCAUGCAGGUGGAAGAGAUGACAAAGUAGACUCUCGCUGUCAUGCUUAUUCACAGUCAACAGAGAGAUGUAAAUCCGUUAGCCGUCCAAGUAGGGCAGUUACUUUACCUGUUCCUGUUCUUCAUCGCUCAUCUUCGCCAAGCAAGGCCUCUUCAGUUACAUCCUCUAUUUCUAGGUCCUUUCAGAGCCCAUCUCGGACAAGGCCUUCAACACCUAGCCGGUCACAAAGUGCUGGAAGUAUUCAAUCAGGUGUUGCGUCACCUAUUAUUAGCUACAUGGUUGAUGCAAAAAAAGGAAAGAAGAACUCCAGCCAAAUUGAAAAUAUCCACCAAUUGCACCUGUCUUAUAAUAGAUACUUGCAAUGGAUCUUUGUAAAUGCUUAUGCAGAAGAUACUAUGUCUUUCCAAAAAGUGACAGCUGAGAGUAUUAUAUAUAAUGUUUUGAGGAAUACCUCGAACUUGCGGGAUGUUGUUAAUAUGAGAAGAAUCAUGGUUCAAUGCAUACAACAAGAGUUGAAGCUACAUGGCAUUCUUAAAGAGCAGAUUGAUUACCUUGAACAAUGGCCAGCACUUGAAAAGGAGAACAGUAUUUCAUUAUUCCACGCAACUGAAGCUCUAAAAGCAAGCACAUUGCGUCUUCCAGUUACAUCAGGAGCAAAGGCUGAUGUAGUUGCUCUUAAGAAUGCCGUAAGCUCUGCUGUUGAUAUCAUGCAAGGUUUGGGAUCAGCGGUUCGCUGUAUGCUUCCAAAGGUUGAGGACAGGACAUAUUUGGUAUCAGAACUUUCAGUUAUAGCAAGACAAGAAAAGGCCAUGCUUGAUGAAUGCAGAGAAUUAUUAGCUAUGGCAGCAAAACUACAGGUACAGGAGUCCAGCCUGCGGACGCAUCUCACACAACUGAGGCCUGGAAUUGCUCAUAUGAUUUGACAAUCUAAGGGAAGAUCUGCAAGUCCCAGACCAGCCUUCUGAACAGGUACACCAGUGCAAGUUGAGCCUCUGGCGAUAUGAACAUAUUGUGCAAACAUACAAGGAGUUUGUAGAGAUGAAAUAAUAGACCAAAAGAACGUUGAACAUCCCCUGGUGAUCAUGGAGUGAUGCUGUGCAGCUAACAACUCAUGGUGCGGUACAGAUGAUAGAUUUACUUAAAAGGUCUCCUCAUGUGUAAAUAAAUUCAUUCAGGUUCCCCACACCCACCUACCUCUCUUUAGUUUCUCUAAAAUUAUUUGUUAGUAUUUCUACAAUGAUAGAGCUAUGUUCUUUCCGAUUGUAUUUUUUGGCAUCUGGAAAGAAAAUACACAGAUGAAAUGGAAGGGCAAAAGUAAUGAAAAAAGUGUAUUUCCCUUUUUCUUCUC